UCGUAAGUAUAUCUGCACGCGCACACCAGCGUUGAGAGAGAGAGAAAGCUAGCUACGUACGAAGCCACACCAAGGGAAUGGCCACCAUGGCGUCGGAGUGGGAAGCUGCCACGGCGGACGAGGCCCAGGCCCUGCCGUUGACGGACAACCUCCUCCCUGCUCAAGCUGCGACGGCCGACGACGACCUCCUCACCGCUCAUAAAGACCUGUACAUGGACAAGAUGAAAGGCUACACGGACAUCCACAACUUCGGCCUCUCUCAUCUUAAGUCCUCGGCGAUAAGGUGUGCCGUCGAACUCGGCAUCCCGAGUGUCAUCAACCACCGCGGCGGAGCGGCCACCAUAUCGGACAUCUUCACCGACACGGGGAUCCACACGUCCAAGCUCCCGCAACUUCGCCGGCUUUUGCGUGUGCUAGCCGUCUGCGGCAUUUUGGAUGACUCGCCACCCGUUGGUGACAGUACGGCCUUCUGCUACACGCUCACUCCGGUCUCCCGCCUCCUCGUCCACGAUGGCGAGUUCGACAUUUCCCCGCUCCUUCUACUCAUGACCCGCCCCGACACCACCGUUUCCACCUUCUUCCGUCUUGAAAGUUGGUUCAAAGAUCCCGCUGCCAACACGCCUUUCGAGAUGGCCCAUGGUAUGUCUCCAUGGAGUCUGACCAAGGUGGACGCUUCGUACAACGAUGCAAUGAAUGAUGCAUGCGUCGCCGACAGCAACCUCAUCAUGCAUAUUGUGCUGAAAGAGGCACCUGCUAUCUUCCGCGGGCUAACCUCGCUCAUCGAUGUCGCCGGGGGCCAUGGCAUAGCCGCCGUGGCCAUUGCCAAGGAGUUCCCCCAAAUCACUUGCACUGUCCUCGACCUACAACAAGUCAUAGAAAAGGCACCUAGGUGUGCCACGGUGAACUACAUUGUUGGCGACAUGUUUAAAUUUAUUCCGCCAGCUGACGCCGUUUUACUCAAGGCUGUUUUGAAUUCUUGGGAAGACGACUCUUGCGUCAAGAUACUCACCCACUGCAAGCGUGCGAUUCCGGCCGGAGGUAAGCUAAUCAUCAUCAAUACGGUGAUCGGGCUAGGGAUAUCAUCGAACAGAAAAGCUGUCAAGGAGGCGCAAGUCCUGCUCGACAUGUACUUUAUGAGGGGUGCUGGAUUUGAGCGAGAGGAACAUGAAUGGCGAAGAGUUUUCCUUAAGGCUGGAUUCAGCGGUUACAAAAUCACGCCCAUAUUGGAUCCAGUGUCUAUCAUUGAGGUUUUUCCAUGAAGAACAAUGUUAAUGAAUAUAUAGUCAUUAAAUUCCUUGAUUGCUAGCUAUAAGAGUUAAGAGUCAGAUCAAAGUCGUCGGAGGUUUAGUCCCGUAGAAGGUUUCCCUGCCGACGCACGAUCUAUUUAAUGUUUCGUUUAUCUACUGAAAUUUGUAUACUGGUUGUAAUGUUUCUUUUAAUGCUUGAGUAUUUCAUUCAA